CCAGGAGCAUCACGUAGUCCAGCAUUCUACAGUUUGUGUGUCUGAAAGAAAAGUGAGCCUACAAAAAUGUUCUAGCCAUCAGAUUGAGUGUUUUCUGGAUUCUGUCCCAGCGGAUCUGUUUCCUGCUCUGUAACUUUCUGGGUUAACGUUGAGCAUCAUUAGGGAAACUCAGCUGCCACUGGACUGUACACCACCACGAAGGCUUUGGAGAUCUUUUCAGUUAAAAGAAGAAUGACUUUCUUGAAAUGUAAUCCCAGUGGAGCUUGUUUUCUGUGUUGCCUGGAAGAAUCCCUACCUACCAUCAGCAGUUCUUCAGAGACCUUAUAAAAGCCUCUCUACAUCAAGCAACUGAGUGACUCUGGGUUGUUCGGGGAGACCUUAAGAAUUGUGGAUAUCAAUUCACCUGGAAGAGUCAACCACUGCUACUCAGAGCUACUGCUGAAAUACCAUGUCUAAGAACUCGGAGUUCAUCAACCUGUCAUUUCUAUUAGAUCAUGAGAAGGAGAUGAUCCUGGGAGUCCUAAAGAGAGAUGAAUAUUUGAAAAAAGUAGAGGACAAGAGAAUAAGGAAGCUGAAAAGUGAACUUUUGGAAGCAAAACGUAGAAGUGGGAAGACCCAACAAGAGACCGGCAGGGUCUGUGCUCACUGUCAGAGAAACCUGGGCUUGAUAUUCGACCGCGGAGACCCGUGCCAGGCCUGCUCACUCAGAGUGUGCAGCCAGUGCCGGGUCUCAGGCCUUGAUGGAAGCUGGCGCUGCACCGUCUGUGCCAAAGUCGCGCAGCUAAGGAUUGUAACUGGCGAAUGGUUUUUUGAAGAAAAGGCAAAGCGUUUCAAGCACGUCAGUGUUCUGGGCACUGAUGUUGUCCGACAGUCCAUCUUAAGAAGAAGUCCAGGAGCUGAAGAAAUACAAAGCCAAGAACAAACCCACCAGAACGCAGAAAAGUCAGACGCUUCGCUUUCUGCUGGGCGGAAGGCCAGCCACGAUGGGCCCAGGAAAAAGGGAUUUCUUCUUAGCAAGUUCAGAUCAGCAACCAGAGGAGAAAUUGUAACUUCAAAAACUGAAAGUGGGCGGAGCUACAGCUUGGACUUAGACAGCCAAAAUUUUCGGAGUUUAAAGUCAGCCCCUGGUUCAGACAGGGGAAGCACUGGUUCAUCAGGUUCCAACGAGCAGGAAGCUGGUCCUGGAACUCCAAAGAGCAUCCGGAGCAGUGGUGUGACCCCAGUCACUCAGAGGUCACCGGCGCCAAGCACACGCAGCGUGACCUCAGUCAGCAGCCGAGAACACGGUUUUGAAAAUUCCAUGGAUUUGGCUGCCACUGAAAGCACCUCUGAGGAUCACACGAAGAGUCAUCACCGAAAAACUUCCGGCGCACCUUCCAUAGCAGUGUCCACGGCCUCCCUCUCCUCAGACCGGAGUCGAUCUGAGUUAGAUUUGAAUGGGUCAUUUACAGAAGACUUAGAGGAUACUGUAAGCAUAAGAAGCAAGUCUGUCCCUGGGACUUCAGACAAAGACUUGGACUACUUGGAAGAGACAGAAGAAGGCAUUGAUGACUUAGCGUCCUCUCGGUUUUCUGCAAACACCCACAGUCUAGCAAGCAGCCUGUCAGCCACCAGCCUGAACAGCAUGAUGAGUGUUUACAGUGAAACAGGAGACUAUGGCAACGUGAAGGUCAGCGGGGAAAUCCUUCUCCACAUCAGCUACUGCUACAAAACUGGCGGGCUCUACAUUUUUGUCAAGAAUUGCAGAAAUCUGGCCAUAGGAGAUGAAAAGAAACAGAGGACAGAUGCUUAUGUCAAGUCAUACCUUCUUCCUGACAAGUCUAGAAAUAAUAAGCGCAAGACCAGAAUCAGAACAGGCACCAAUCCAGAAUUCAAUGAAACGCUAAAGUAUACCAUCAGCCAUGCCCAGCUGGAAACGAGAACUCUGCAGCUCUCAGUCUGGCAUUACGAUCGAUUUGGACGAAACAGCUUCCUUGGGGAGGUGGAGAUUCCUUUUGACUCAUGGAACUUCGAAAAUCCAAGUGAUGAGUGGUUUGUGCUUCAGCCCAAGGUGGAAUUUGCUGAGGAUAUCGGCCUUCAGUACAAAGGAGAGCUGACAGUCAUUUUACGUUACAUACCCCCAGAGGAGAACCUGACACCUCCACUAGGACAGCUUCAAGGAAAGAAGCCCUUUAAACGAGGAAAGAAGAAGGAUUCUCCUGUCAUCUCUGGAGGAAUCCUAGAAGUGUUCAUCAAAGAGGCGAAGAAUUUGACAGCCGUGAAAUCAGGAGGCACUUCUGAUAGCUUUGUGAAGGGCUACCUGCUCCCUGAUGAUAGCAAAGCCACCAAGCACAAAACUCUGGUAAUAAAAAAGAGUGUCAACCCUCAGUGGAAUCAUACUUUCGUGUUCACUGGCCUGCAUCCCCAGGAUAUAAAGAAUGUUUGCCUAGAACUUACCGUCUGGGACAAGGAGGCCUUUUCCAGCAACAUCUUUCUGGGAGGAGUUCGUUUGAAUUCUGGAAGCGGUGUGAGCCAUGGGAAGACCGUGGAUUGGAUGGACUCUCAGGGGGAAGAGCAACGCCUCUGGCAGGAGAUGGUAGACAAUCCUGGGACUCUGGUAGAGGGCGUGCUCAUGCUCCGUGCCAGCAUGGGGAAGAGUAAGCUCUGAAGGUACCAGUUCUCCAAAAUGAGGCCUCUUGGGACUGUCUGGGUGUUAUUUCCUACCAGUAGCAGGCUUGGGACCUGGAGUCUGCUUCCCUGCCAUUUCUCACCUGAGGGUAUUGGGACAUGAGAGGAGAGAUAUCAGUGUUAUGAACACCUAGGGUCUUGCCGGGUGUGUGAAAAAGCAUGUACCUCUCUAUGUGCGUGGGCCAGGGCUUUUUUGAUUGGAUGAUAGAAAGUAUACCACGCUGUCGUGUCAACAAGCAAAUUGUGCAAUGAUUCAUAGGCCUUAUACCGUAGGGGAAAUGGUACGUGCUUAUUUGAAGCUGCAGUUGAGAUUGGGAGUCCCCAAACUUUUUCUAAUUGUGAGUGACUUUAGGUUUUCUCAAGGUUUGAGGGAAAAGGGGGCCACUUGGAAUGUAGACCACUUGAAGAGUAAGAAGAGGGGAUAGUGGGAAUCCCCAUGAUCCAAAGAAGGCAUUGUGGGUAUGGACGCUGGGGCAAGGGCAUGGCCCUCUUAUUGUGGCCAACUUGUGGAUUAACCGGGUAGGUUUUCAAGGUGAACUGAGGUUUUUCUGUGGUGACUAUGUAAUUGAUACUGUAAAUCAUCCAACUUUGGGGAGUGAAGAGAGCUAAAUCGUUACACCAGAACAACAGAUGUAAACCAGGAUUGACCCGGCAAAAUUGGGAGGUAGAGUCACCCUAAUUAUGACCUAGCUAUCGUAGACAUUUAUUUUAUAAAAUGUUCUAAGAGGGAAUAAGAAGCAAUGCACAUUUUUCGGCCCCUACUUGUGUUAUGUCUACGAUAUCCCAUUGCUCAAAGGAAGUCAUAUGGCCAAGCCCCAAAUCAAGAGGCAGGGGAACAUACUCUACUCACACUGAAGCCAUGGCAAGAGCGAGGAUGCAGGAAGGAAUGAAGGAAUGUGGCCAGGAGUUCAAUCUACCUUACCUUCUGUCACCUGGGAUUCCAGAGACUUUAGCCACCAAACUUAGAUAUGAAGGGAGUUAAAGCUGAAAGGGACCUCAGACCUGGUUCCUCAUUUUGAAGAUUCCAAAUCUGCAGCCCAGAAAGCAGAAAUGACUUGCCCAAGGUAUUAUAGAAGCUGUGAGUGUAUCCAGACUUAAAUCCAGGGUGUGACCCCUAGGCCAGUGUUCUUUUCACUGUGGUCUUUGGCGUGAUCCGAUGCUUAUCGUGAUGGACAGGAGGACCUAGACCAAGGGAGGUGGAGCAGAGUCUGAUUAUUUGUGUAUGAACGUAACUGACCCAAUCUUCUUCUGGAGUCAUGUUCUAACCCCUCAGCUCAUUUUUUCACUUGAAUUCAUGUAUUGAUAAAAUCCUUAAAAGGAUAGAUACUGAAUUUUACUAGUAGGAAAGCUAGAAUCGUCUUCAGGCUUAUUCUAGCUAAUUGUUCCAUAUUCUGAAUUUCUUCUUGAAUUUUGAAAACAGGUUUAAGAAUAUAUUUAGCAAAAAAAAAAAAGAAUAUAUUUAGCAUUAUUCUUAGGGGAAUAAGCAAUCCAUAUUCAUUAUUAUUAAAAAAAAAACAGGCUCUCUAAUUCUAGAAAAUUGAAGUUAUUAGUCUAGUGUAGCUUAGUGCAUAUGGUACAUUUUUUUAAACUCACACCCAUAUCUCUAUGUUGCCCUUCUUAAAAACAGAAAACAAAAAGUGUACGAUCAUCACUACUUCCUAUAUUGGAAAUAUAAAUUGUCUUCAGACUUGAUAUGACUGAGUAUGUCUUCAGAGACAUUUUAGGGGAGGUGAGAGAGGGUGGCGAUGGUGAAGCCUGGAGACAUCUCUAAAGUAGACAAAAUGAGGUAGAUUUAUUCACUAAUAAUAAAAGUGGCAAAAUUAAUCAAUUCCAAAAUUUAUAACUCGAACUCAAGAUGAGCAUGAACUUUAUGUAUUCAGACCUUUGCCACGGUCAGAGCAGUUCUAUGUCGUGACUUCAUAAAAUCCAACAUCUAACUGGGUAUUUCCAUAAUGCAAGACCCAGGUGUGCCUAAGUCCAUCAGAAACCUGUUGGUGUGGCUCUUAAAAAUAAAAGGCAAAUUGAUCUUUAGGUUACUCUUUUUUAAGUAUAGUGUAGAAGUACAAAAAAUAUUUUUAAUCUAAGUGAUACAUGUGAAUGGCAUAAAACUCAAAUGGUUCAAAAUUGUGAAAAUUAAGUCCUACCCCUUCGUCUUCCAUAUCAGAAUAUAUUGACAGCUUCAUUCUUUUUUUAUGGCAACAGGGUAUUACAUUAUGGGAUAUAUUAAAUUUAUUUAACCAGUCCUAUCAAAUGCCACAUUAAAUAUGGUUAACUAAGCUAUCUAUGUUUGGUGGCUUUUCUAAGCAAUCUUUUUUUCAAAACUAAACGCUUUGAAAUUCAAAAUGAGAUGUGUAUAUUGCACAGCAAUUCUACUUCUGGGUAUUUAUCUUACAGAGAUAGAUACAUAUGUGAGAAAUGAGUACAUACAAGGGUAUUGCUUGCAGAAGAUUGGAAACAACCCAAAAGCCCUUCAAUAGAGGCCUUUGGCAAUAUCAUACAUGCCUAAUUUUUCUGUUUCAUUAAUUGUUCCCUUUCCUUCUCUGUUAAAGAUUGUUAACAUUG